CCACAACCCUCAUCCUCUGAAGAUCGCGAAUUCGGUAGAUAGAGAGAAAUUUUUCGAAGAGUUUACGAAAAUGUAUUCGGUCCCCCAGUCGCCUGAUACGAAGGCUAAGCUGACAACCUUCAGGCUGCCAGGUGGGAGACACUUCGUUUCUCCAGGCUUUCCUCCUCAAACUGGGAGCUUCCAGCAUCUUAAGGAAUUAAUUAAAACCGAAAGAGCGAAGGAGCUGCAACAACAAAGGGCCCAAGAGGAGGCUGCCGCCAGGGAGAACCAACGAAAUCUAGCCAGGCUGUACGCCCACUAUGGCUACGUCGCCGACAGCAAUCCAGACGACAGCGGCGGCGACAAAAGUAACGAAGAUAAGCCCCCGAACAGGGGCGGUAGGCCCUCAACAGCUGCGCUAAUAGGAUACCCCAGUUUCGUUCCUCAACCAUCAAACAUGGCUCGGUUUGGUAUGGCGCCGGAGAAUGACUACGUGUACAGCAGGUCCGGUCCAAGGACGGCCCCAGGAUGGACGUCCUAUAGGCCGACGGUAUUUGAUUCACCGUAUAAUGACGUAUAUGGCAGCGGAAUACAAUAAACUCCAUAGAAGAAACACAAACUGAAGCCACCGUAGAUGGGUAGUUAGAUGUUGCUAUAAUAACGCAGCUCCACAGAAUUAUUUAGGGCUUUAUCAAAGAUUACUGUAAAAUAUAUCCUAAGUGUAGCUCUUAGCUUUAGAACAGAGAUGCAAAAAUAGAAUAUAUAUAUUUAUUCAGAAACCUUUUUGGAACUCUGUGAAAAUGAUGUGGUAAUGAUAAUCGUUAGAUGUAAGUGCGAACUACUGUGACAUUUAUUUGCUUGAAACAUUUGGGAAUCUUAAGGAUCAAUUGCUGUGGUUGACGAUAACAUUUGUACAAACUAAAUGUACAUUAGACGUAAACCAAUCUAUUACAUGUAUUUGUCGGCCAUUUUAAGAUUCCCGUCUAAUUGUCUUCAAAGGGUGUUUCAGAAACAGCACUUUCAGGUACAUAGUAGAAUGUGUGUCAAUGUUGCCCAAUGUUUGGUUCAACAUUCUAUCUACUAAGUCAGGUAUAGCUUUCGUUCUGAUUUAUUUAAACAAAUUUUCUGCUGCACCCAUUUAACUCGUGGUGAUAUACAGACUAAUUCAUGAUGAGCAUUCAUGACAAACAUUUGAAGAUGUUCACUGAGUCUUACUGCUCGAUGAAAGAUUCAAAAGAUGGGGGUACAUAAGGAUUUGUUUUCUUUUUAGUGCUGAACCUAACUCGAAGUUUUAAAUUGAUCGCACUCUGAAAUUUUAUAAAUACAAUUUAUCUUUUUAUUUUAAUACUUUAUUGUUUCUUAAAAGCUUAGGGUGACGCAAUUUUCGUGUUCCUUACAAAAAUAGAGAAAUAGAUUUUGGAAAAUGGGUGAAUUUUGGACAAAAAUGCCGAAAUUGCAAAUCUUGGGCUUCCAAGGACUAAAACAAAAAAUCGUCGAUGAAAGUUUGGAAUGCGAUCAGCUCAAAAUUUGAGUUAUUUUUAGGCCCAAAAAAACCCUUAUGGCAUCUCCUUUUACUAUAGCAGUGAUUCCCCAAAACAAGCGAAACAUAUCCGACUAGAUGCUUCUGAUGAAUGUUCCCCAUGCAUCAGUCUGUACGUAUAUCCAGAUAGCACGCCACUGUCUAUUUUUUAGAUGCAUAUUAUUACUAUAUGUAGUCUAUACAGGGUGAUUCACAAGUCGUGGCCAAAAAUGAAAUAUCAUACACAGGGUCUUAUAUGUAACAUUUUUC